ACACCAGGUGUCGCAAUAAUUCGUGUCCGCUUACCUCAGCCACCCCACCAUCAACAAACCGUCAAAACAUGAACAACAAUUAUUCGCGAUAAUACUACUCCACCAAACCAGCCCCGAUUUACACGAUUAUGGCGUCAAACGAAAGCCCUCGAACUCCUGAACAAUCCAAAACUCAACCUGAGUACGAUACCGGCCACCGUUCGGCGUAUUUCUGGCGGCGCGAUCAUAUGAAGGAUGGCGAGAAGGUUUCAGAUGUUGCAGAAGAGCUGGGCAUCCCCGAUCGUACUGGAAGAAGAUGGAUGAGGGAGAGGAAAUUAAUGGGUACACCAACUGCUAAACGCCGUGUACGAAAGAACAAAGCAGCUUCAAAAGGGAGCAAGCUUGGGAGGCCUUGGUCAAUACCCCAGGAAGUACUUAACGAGAUGGUAGGACCUUCAAAUCCUCUCCGAAAUCAACCGCUCCUUCUUCAAGCUCGCCACUACGGUAUAACCCAGAAAGAACGCACGAUACAGUACAACCUAAAAACGCGCAAAAAUAAAGCUCAACUCUACGUCGCUGGCUAUACAAAAUCAAUCUUGGAUACUAAUAAGAGCCGCCGUGUUAAGUAUGGCGUGGAUUAUAAGGACGAGCCAAUUAUCGGGUUCUGGGACCUCGUACAUUUUACCGACGAAGCGCAUUUCAAUCCUACAGAGAGGCUUCAAAAGCCACGUAUAUUAAGGGAGAGAGGCACAAGAGAUGACCCAGAUAACGUUGUAGAGGUGGAUGAGGUUAAAUCAGGCUGCGCAGUUCACAUAUACGCCCAUGUAAACUGGUACUACAAAUCACCGCUGCGCUUUUAUAAUGAUGAGAAGGAUAUGCUGCCAACACCCAAGCCUCCGCCAAAGCCCAGGAAAUCGAAAUACGAGACUCAGGAAACGUACGACAGCCGGGUGAGGGAGUGGGAGGCCAACAAGCCCCCAAAAGUUAAGCAGGACUCUACUGGCAACCAUAUGACCCAGAAGUACUACUCUGAGAAAGUCCUACCUCAGUACAUCAAGGCUGUGCAUAAAGCGCGAAUGUGGCAGCCAAAAUCAUGGGUUCUGCAGGAGGAUAACGACCCUUCCCAUGGCACUCGCUCCACCGAUAACGACGCUGCCCUCCUUAAGAUGGCCAACUGGAUAGUUACAAUAAUCCAUCCAGCUCAGUCUCCUGACCUCAACCCUACAGAAGGAUGCUGGAACAUCCUCAAGGAACGUACAAAGCGUCGACUCUGGAGACCCAGGACCCAUCCCAACGAUCUUGAAGAUGGAGAGCAACUAGAGGAGGAGUGGGACGGUACAACUCGCUAUCUCAAGAAGAUACUUCAAGCAGAAUGGGACAAGAUAACGCUUGAAGAAAUACGUAAAUUUAUCAAGGAGAUGCCAUGGCGCUGUGAACAAGUCAUCAGGCUCAAUGGGCGGCGUGUACGCUCUGCGCUCUGGUAACUCAGCGAUUCUGUAACUA